AUGUUUUGGAUAUUCACAUGUCAGUUUCUAUUUCUAUUAUCAUUCCUACAUUCUUCUUAUUGUCAAACUCCUAGUUUACCAAUACAUCAUUGGGACUAUGGACGAGAAGGACCUGAUACAUGGGCUCAUACAUAUGAUACAUGUGAAGGUGAAUCUCAAUCACCAAUAGAUAUUCAAACAUCCCAUGUUAAAUAUGAUUCAAAAUUGACUCCACUUUCUCUCAAUGGAUAUACAUCUAACAUGUCCUCAUAUGUAUGGAAUUUUACACAUAAUGGACAUGCAAUUAUAGCUUAUCCAUCACCAUUAGCUCGUUUAUCAAUGAGUGGAGGUGGUCUACCAGAUGUUUUUCAUUUAGUACAAUUUCAUUUGCAUUGGGGUUAUAAUGCAUUUCAAGGUUCUGAACAUACAAUCAAUGGACAUAAAUAUCCUCUUGAAAUACAUUUUGUACAUCGAGCACAAUUUACAGGUACACUAGCUGUUCUUGGUAUUAUUUUUGAUCGUCAACGUGAUGAUAAUCCAUAUUUAAAUGAUCUAUUAUCCAUUGUCAAUCGUACUGUUAAUACAUCAGUAGCAAUUGAACGACAAAUAGAUUUAUCUCGCCUUUUUCCUACAUCACCAUCGCCACGUUUCUAUCGUUAUAAUGGUUCUUUAACUACUCCACCAUGCACGGAAGGUGUUAUAUGGACAAUAUUAGCACGAACUAUACCUAUUUCUUCAUAUCAACUUCGAGCAUUCAUGGAUAAUGUUGUUCCAUUUAAUUUUCGACCUCCACAAAAAUUACAUUCACGUAAAGUUCUUGCUAAUUUUCAACCUGAACAACAUGAAAGUGGUGGCGAAGAAGAAGGUGAAGGUGGUCAUCAUUCAUCAACAUUAUCUAAUCGUAUUAAACCCGAACAAAUAUUUCUUAUUCUAUUUCUAUCAAUAGUUUUAAUUUUUCAAUAA